AUCAUUUCUCAUUUAAACCUAUAUAUCUCUCUCAUAUGAGAUCACGCCUCUCGCCUCGUGUCUCCCCUUCCUUCCUCGCUGAGUUGCUACCGGCUCACACCGCUUCUCGCCUCGCCGUUGUACAAAUGUUGUGACAGUUGUGGUGAUGGUGACUAUGCAAAGUCUCAAUUAAGAAAACUUACUCUAAUUCCUUUACAUCUGUGGGGGCCGAUAUAUUUCCCAGAAACGUAGAAAUGAGAGUUACCUUUAAAACAUGAAGAAAUAAUAGAAGUUCAAAAGUAAAGUUUUGUCUUCCUGAUGAAGCCGUCAAUCUGAAACCCAGCACCAAAGCAGUGACACAGGUUACACAUCCGAGCAAGUAAGUUCUGGGUAAAAUUGCCACUUCAAAGUCUUUCCAAUUGAUAGAGACUUUUAAUUUUCCCGCACUUCAUGGUAUGCAAACUAGUACCAUGCAGCAACAUUCUGGUGAGGAACACCCUCCUGGAUUUCCUUCAAAGCAAUCUGCAAGAGGAAGUGUGAAAAUUGCUGAAGGAGCUGGAGAUAGACCUGCUAAGCCAGUUGCACUCACUGCCCAUGCUGAACUGGGUUCAUGCUGGUCUGCAAUGAAAAAUAAAGAAACAAGAGGGGAAGAAGUUGGUUUAACUCAUAUGAGGGAAUCAAUUCAAGAAUGUCAAGCGGAUGCUGCAAUUCCUGCUAAAAAGGUUGAAGAAAGCUUGACUGAAAACUCAGCCUUUCAUUCAGUGACUGCAGCAUCACUAUAUGUGAAGACUCCACCUAUCAGCAGUUCAGGUAUUUACUUCCGUAGUGGUCUCAGUUCCAGUUGUGCUAAGAUUGAAGAAAGGAAUCUGCCAAAGAUUUCUCGUAACUCUCAUAGGAAUCCUUUAAGUGGUCCUGCCUUGAAAGUUAUAUGGAAGGGCAACUUUGAGGUCCUUGAUUUUCCACGUGAUGAUAGAAUUUGUGAAGGAUUUCUGGCUCAUCCCUCAGUGAAGAUGUCUAGCAAGGCCUAUGAGUUUGCAAGACAGAUUGUUGGAGUUUUGCAGUUCAGGGUACAUGCUUAUCGUGCUUUUUGGCCAGAGAUCUUUCAGUCAGAUUGUCCUGAUGCGAACGAUAUUGCUCUCUAUUUUUAUCCUGGAAAGAUCGAGAGGUCAAGAAAGCAGUAUGCUUUCCUGUUAAAAUUUAUCGAGAAGCAUGAUUUAAUGUUGAGGAGUUGUAUGGGUCGCAUGGAGUUACUGGUCUUUCCAUCGAAAUUAUUGCAUGUGGAUUGCCAGAAAUUAGGUGGAAGUUACUUUAUGUGGGGGGUUUUUCGCCCUUUGAAGGGCAAGAAGACUAUGCCGAAGACAGACUUCUCAAGGGAUAGAGUAGUGCAAGAUGAAGAGCAGAAAGAUAUACAAUAGAGUAGUAAGUAGUCUACAUUAAUUGUACUUUCAAAUGAUCUGUAUUUCUUUUGAGAAAGUAACAAAUCAUGUGAAAGGAGAGGGGCAGAGAGGAAACACUUGAACUGAGAAGGGCCUUGAAAGUAAGAGCUACCUAUAUAGCAUUAUAUGUGAAUCUGUUUUGACAUUUAUAGUUGAAUGACAAAAUAUAUAAUGUUUGAUGAA